CGUUGUUGUAUCCUUUUAUAAUAACCCCCAAGUUGCUGCUAUUGAAGGUGUUAGGGAUGAUAUAGUGUGAAGUUUGAGCAAAAAUAACUGAAGAAUGACGGAUAUCUUUAGUAUGGAUGAUGUUUCAUCACAACUUGAUAAAGUCAAUGAAGAGUCAUUGAAUUAUAAACUUAUUGAUGAAGAAAUUAAACCAUCUCAGAGUAAAGAAGAAGACCUUAAUGAUACCCUAACGGAUCUACCCACUCCAAUACCAAUGAAUCGUCGGAGAAGAGCAUCCUCGACAUCCAAAUACUCAUCAUCUUUUGAAAUCGAUAUAAAUGAAUCGUUUGUUUCUCCGUUGAAUAGAAAUAGUCCCUAUAUCGAAUCUUCGAUUAAAUAUAAACCAAAAUUGUCAGACUUCAUCCCUUUGAAAGUCUUGGGUAAAGGUGCUUAUGGUAAAGUUUUAUUAGUAAAAGAAAAAUCAACUGGUAGAUUAUUUGCUCAAAAACAAUUGAAAAAGGCAUCACUUAUCAUUAAUGAAACUAAUCAAGUUAAUGAAACCAAUUUGAAAAGAACUUUGAAUGAAAAAUCCAUUUUGGAAAAAGUCAAUCACUCGAAUAUAGUGAAACUAUUCUAUGCUUUCCAAGAUAAUAAUAAAGUGUAUUUAAUAUUAGAGUAUUUAGAUGGUGGAGAAUUAUUCCAUCAUUUGGCUCAAGAAAAAUUCAUGAGUGAAAAAAAUUCGGCCUAUUAUAUUGCUCAAAUCAUCUUAGCAUUAAGAUACUUACAUUCAGAAUUGAAAGUCAUUUAUAGAGAUUUAAAACCUGAAAAUUGUAUGUUAAACUCUGAAGGUAAUUUGGUCUUAACCGAUUUUGGUUUGUCAAAAGUUUCAUCCACUUCAGAUUCAAAACACUCGAUGAUUGGUACUGCUCAAUAUAUGGCCCCAGAAAUUUUGAAAGGUGAACCUUAUGACUAUUCUGUUGAUUGGUGGUCACUUGGUUGUGUAAUUUAUGAUUUAUUAACUGGCUCACCUCCAUUCACUGGUAACAAUAAUAAAAAAAUUAUGGACAAAAUUAUAAGUGCUAAAAAAAAUUUAAAGUUUCCCUUUUAUCUUUCAAAUGAUGCAAAAGAUUUAUUAAGAAAAUUAUUACAGCCUAAUCCAGAUAAAAGACUCAACAUUGAUGAUGAUUUUAAUAAGUUGAAAAAUCAUCGUUUCUUUAGAUUUGUCGACUGGAAUCAUCUACAAAAUUUAAAUGAUGAAGCUUAUAAGAAACAAAUAUUGGAAACUUCAGAUUACGUCUUACCUCCAAUAUUACCUCUUAUAACUGAUCCUGAAUUAGCAGAGAAUUUCGAUGAGGAAUUCACUGAAAUGCCCUUCACUCCACCAAAUUCAAAUGGAUUCCUUAAUAUAGAUAAAGAUGACGAUUUGAAACCUGAUAUCUUGCAUGUCAGAGGGUUUUCAUUUACUAAUGAAGAUUACCUCAAAACCGCAUUCGAUAAAUUUUAA